GGCGCCCGGCGAGGGCUCAGCCAGCGGUGCGACUGGGGACUGAGCCUUGCUAUAAGCUGGACAGCAAGAGGAAACUUUCGUCAGUCCUGCUUUCUCUUUCCAUCGUUGUCCACGGUGUGAGGACUGCCGCACGCAACAGCCCGCAGUAAAGGGCUCUGGACAUCUUCCUUCUGCUCGAGCUCUCCCGGACGACCUCACGGCUAUUCCAGGCUGCAGGAAAAUGUACUGGGGAAAUCAUAUUAGAAUUCUUUUCACUGUGACUCUGGUCUGGCAGGCUGUUCGCUUAGAAAAAGGACCUGAAAGAGAAGAACGUAAGGAAGAUGUGAAAAGUCUCAAUGUCACAGCACAAAAGCAGCAGCCCAAGAACGAAGAGACCUUUAUGCAUGCUCUCAGUGACAUGAACCAGAGUUAUGAAAAUAGAAAACAACAGAGUUCCAGAUCAUUCGUACCCUUCACUGGAAUUACAGAGAGUAAAAAACUGAACAGACACUGCUGCCAAAAUGGAGGGACUUGUAUCCUGGGUACGUUCUGUGCCUGCCUAAAGCACUUCACUGGCAGAUACUGUGAAUAUGAUGAGCGGCUAAGCAACUGCGGCAGCAUUGCCCACGGCGUCUGGGUGCUAAAGGGCUGUUGGCUUUGUCGGUGCGGCUAUGGUACUCUGAACUGUCUUUCAGAAAUAAUGCACGGUGACUGUGAACUGAAAUCGGAAAAGGAGGAAAUUAUCAGACUGUACUCUAAUGGGUUAAGAUUACAGCAAACAGUGUUUUCAGUCACUUGCCUGCUCACCAUCCUCCUGGAGCUCUGCUAGUUUGCAGUUGUGAAACUGGACAAGGGGAUAUAUCUCAGGGUUGAUAUAACCCUCACCAUGAAUCAUACAUUUCUUCUACAAGCUACAGAAGACUCUUCUACCUACGUGUUUGAGGCAGAUCAAGAUGUAUACCUGGGUUAUUAUAAAUUCAGAUUAUAUGAAUGUGAAGUAUUUAUUAUUAUAUUAUUAUAUUAAUACUACUAUCAAUGUCUGAUUCUAACGAUUCUUUAUUUCUAAAAUACUGCUCUUGCAGUGGAAGCAACCCCCCCCCCCCCCAAUAUUCUAUGCCUGAAGUAUUGUAACUUAUAGUAUUUUCUUUUGUACGCAGUACAACUAU